AUGCUGUUCGCCUUGAUUUGUUGGCCCCUGUGUGGGAUGGUGCUCAGCCAGGAGCCUGAGACAAUGCAGCUAUUGCAACACAGACUUGCACUGGAAGGCCCCCAGGAGCAGCGCUUGAAAGCAGCAGAGCCCAUCAACUGGGUUCAUUUUCCCAAAGUUGGCUCCUCGUUCCUCAAUGCGAUUGUCCACUUGCCAGGUGUGUGCCCACUUGCUGUAAAUCUGACCAUCGGUGAGCAGUCGCUUGGGCCUUGCUUCCUGCAGAUUUGGACUGAUGUCAUGUGUUCACAACUUUGUGAUCAAGAGAAGUUCAGAUGCAAGACUGACCUUCGCAUGCCACACCCACCUAUUGACGAUUAUUGGGCUGAAAAGGGUACUUUCAUGGGCUUUUUUCGAGACCCUGAUCAGCGUAUACUCUCUGGCUACCACGAUGACAUGGACAAUCUUGCGUCUGUAAAUUUCCGCGACUUCCUGCACAGAUAUGAUGAGGAACCCUUGGCGCAAACGGCCAACUGCACUUCGGAGGAAGGAGCUCCCAAAAUUCCAAUUCUGGAGUUUGCCGAGUCGUGGAAAGGUGGCAUGACGUAUCAGCUGGUGGUAGAGCAUCCAACCACGCAAACGCUGGAUCCGGACCGCCUGACGAUGACCCGCGCAGAUGCACAGAAAGCAGCCCAAAGAGUGCGGGAUGGCUUCGCAUUUGUUGGCAUCACAGAGGAAUGGAGCUUGUCAGUCUGUCUGUUUCACAAGAUGUUUGGGGGAAGUUGCCUACAGUCUGACUUCGCAAACACCCGGCCUUCAGCUGCAGGGAAGUCUGCCCACGUGGCCUACAACACAUCGGAGCUCAUGGGGUGGCAUGAUGAUAUUGAUGAAGUGGUGUAUGCUGCCGCCCUUGAUGUGUUCCGCACAAAUUUGGUUUUAUUCAAUGUGUCACACAGCACAUGCCAGGAGUGUUACAGUCGAGGGGUAGCCCACAACAUAUAG